UUUUCAUGACCUGGAGUCUGGAGAUAACCUAGCUAGGUAGGACCGAUCUUACUAUCAGGCAACUAGAUUUGCCACGUCUAGCUUAUAAAGUUCUAUUCUUUUUUCUUUUUCUUUUUUCUUUUUUAUGGAGAGGCAAGUGCAUGUGGAUAAAUUCUAAUUAGUGAUUACUUUUCUUUUUUCCAAGCUGUAAUUUGAACCCUGUUGGAUUCUAUAAAUCCAUGGCUUCUAGUGUUACUUUCACAGAUCUAUCUUAAACACAUCAAAAAAAGAGAGAAAGAACAACCUUUGCAACCCCCCCUCCGAGAGAGAGAGAAGCACAGACAACAAGGAAAGGAGAGUAGCUAUCAGCUAUGCCUUCUGCUACAAAGAAGGUUUGCAAAUCUAAUGAAGAAGAGAUGGAGCUAAGAAGAGGUCCAUGGACUCUUGAAGAGGAUAGUAUGCUCAUCCAUUACAUUGCCUGUCACGGGGAAGGUCGUUGGAAUCUGCUAGCUAAAUGUGCAGGACUGAAGAGAACUGGAAAGAGCUGUAGAUUGAGAUGGCUGAAUUAUUUAAAACCCGAUAUUAAGCGCGGGAAUCUCACGCCGCAAGAACAGCUCUUGAUCCUUGAACUCCAUUCCAAGUGGGGUAAUAGGUGGUCAAAGAUUGCGCAACAUCUACCAGGAAGAACGGACAAUGAAAUCAAGAAUUACUGGAGAACGAGGGUCCAAAAACAGGCACGCCAGCUGAAUAUUGAGUCUAAUAGCAAGAGGUUUGUUGAUGCAGUAAGGUGUUUUUGGAUGCCAAGAUUGCUACAGAAGAUGGAGCAGACUUCUUCCCCCACAAAUUCUUCAUUGACAUCCAUGAAUUCCCAGGGUUCCUCAGCUCCUUGCCUUGUAUCCUCGUCAACAUCUCCCCCGCCAAGAAAGCUGAUACCCACUACUUCAAAUUAUCACAAUGAAAAUUCAAGCACUUCUAUCAUGACAAGCCCAAGUAUUCAUUCCUCAGAAUAUUCCAUGAAAAUCUCAGAACAGUCUCAAUUAGCUCCUGAACACCCAGCAGGUCCUUUCCAUGCCUUGGAUCAUUGCACAGUCUACAACCAUCCAAAUCUAACUGAUGUUCACUUUGUAGACAGCAGAAGCUACGACAUGGAGGCACUACUCAUCCGGGACCCCAUGUCAGCAACGGAGACCUAUGAGAACUCUCUGUUGGAUUGCCAUAUGGCAGAUGCUGAUUGGCUUUCUGACAACAUGGCAAAUUCUUUAUGGAAUAUGAAUGAAAUUAUGUGAAGCUCCAGUACCCAUAGAUCAUCAUCAUGCAUGAUUUCAGUCAUUGUACUGAUCCAGAUAGGAUUAUAUAUACUCAUUGUAACUCUGUAUUUGGUUUCGUUAUGAAACAAAAAAAUCUAUAGCAAAUUUGAAUUUUACUGGUGAAUGGUUUCUGUAGUGGGGUGUAUAGGAGUUGGACAAGACUGUGUACAGAUGAAGCAAAUGUAUCUUAAUUUCCUUGAUGGGGGUUGUUAUCAAUGCAUUUUCAACAAGCCAAUAAAUUUAUUAUUUGCAGAUUGA